CCACAGAGAUCCUGGACUCGUCGUUAUUUUGUGCUCUCCAAGACCAGUGAGGAGACCUGGACCCUGAAAUACUUCAAAAAUGAGAAGAAGGAAAGAGCUCUGGGAAAGAUUUUGGUGUCUGACAUCUCCAUGUUGAUGUUCUGUCCGGAGAGCCACAGUACCUUUGGCCUGAUUCACGAGCACUUCAGGUGUCCGAGCGCUUGCGUGCUUCUUCUGAGAGCUAAAGGCAGAGACUACUUCCUCGUGGGUGAAAACAGCUGGGAAACUGAUGGCUGGUUCAACGCUCUUUACUCAGUUCUGAGAAGUCAUGAGGUCAUCUGA